AUGAUGUUCAAAUUGUUUAUAUUAUCUGCUAUCCUGUUCGUUAUUGUAUAUUGGAUAUUGCCUGCUUUCAUAAGUUGGAUAUUGGUGAAAAAGUUUCGAGUGAAAGUUCGCAUUGGGCGUAUAAAUCUACCCUAUUUGGCAUUGAAAAAUGUUCACGUCAGCAAAAGUGGAUUUUCUGUUCAAAUUGAGGAGAUUUGUUUACGCAGUAGUUUCUUCAGUACUGAAGUAACAAAAUUAGUAUCGAUAUAUAUUCGCGAUAUUCGAAUCAACAAAGAUAUACAAACAACAAAAAAUGAGGGCCUGUCACAGGAAACGUCACGUAAAACUAACUUUCGACGAGACAUUGGAGCGGGAAAGGGAGUACCAGAUUUCAGACAUGCUAAAGUGCCACCAAGUAUUUUGACUUGUGCUCAAUUUAUGGCAGUUCAUAUCAAUAACAUAUCUGUGGUAUUAAUGAAUAAUGAUUUUGAUCCCGGCUGGUUUAUACAUGCCACAGCCAAAGAACUUCAUUUGGAUGGUAGCAUUGUACAAAAUGCUAAAAUACUCUUGAUAAAUGCCGUCCUUACUGAGGCCCAGGCAAAAAUGCUGCGACAUUGUUCAGCACGUAGACAAUCAUUGGAAAAUGUAAAUAAAAUACGACCAUGUUUGGGUGAGCUAAGUUUUGAUAUAUCUUUGGAUGCCACAAUACUAUCACAUGGUCAACUGUCCGUUGAUAAAUUAUCUUUAGCUAUGAAUAAUGCAAAAUCAACUAUUCACGGUGGUCUAUAUGAAUUCUUGAGUGAAGCCAAAAAACGAACAUUACCUUCACACGAUUUUACCAAAGACAGUUCCAGUAGUGGUUAUACUAUGACAACAACAAAACCCGAUCCUAAAACCGAAUCAACCAUUUCUCAACAUUGUCCAAAGGAGUCAAGCUAUAACAACGAAUCCUAUCACAAGAUAGCACCAAUAAUACCAAAGAAUUUUAGUUUCAUCAUAAAAGCUGCAACAUUCUCGGCUGUGAAGGAGAAUUCCCAGAAUGAUUUCAGUGCAAAAAUGCAAUUGUUUAGCAUAACCGGAGAAUUCAAUUCAAAAUCAUUCAAUGAAAACGUUCAUUUACCCACAGUAUUUACCAAAGUAACACUGCAACAUUUAGAUAUCGAUACGAAAUAUGAAAAAUUGCUUUUCAUUGAACAAUUUACUAUAGAUUCCAUGCUAAAAAAUGAUAUACUGAAUUUAUAUGUGAAACUAAAAACUUUUCAAAUAAUAUACAAUCAUAGUGAGAUCUAUGACUGGGUGCAUAAUAAUUUCCUAUCCAGAAAACGUCAACAACAGCAGCAGCAUCUUUCAAUGUUAUUGCAACAGAAAUCUUUGCCCGAUAAUUUGGGUUCCGUACAAAGUACGAUGAAAACUUCGAGUAAACUGUUAGGCGAUAGUGUCCCCAAAAAUGGUUUAGUCGAAUGGAUUAUGAAACAUAUUGUGGUCAAAGGAUGUGCCGAACUGUGGAAUGUUUCAAUGCUAAUGAAACUGGACGAUGACGAACAUGCUGGCAUGAGCGUCAGUCAUACACGUUUGGUGUUGGAACAGACAGAUGAAAAACGAAGUUCCCUCUAUAAAACCAAGAUAUUCAAUAUGUUAUUUAAUCAACGUCACUGGAGUGUAGAACUGAUGAUAGAAUCGUUAUGGUGGUCCUUGGGAAAUUCAAUCAAUGAUACCAAUAAUCUAAAGAAAUCACACUCUCCGGGUUCGCCAUUCUUCAUCGGUGUUAGUUUAGUGAAAUUGAGUUCAUAUUCGAAUGCUACCAAGUUGGAAGUGUCCAUUCACACGCUUAGAACAGAGUACAGUAUGACACUGGCAACGUUUGUAAUAAAAACCGUUUGUUGUAUUAAACAAUAUGGUGGCCUUAAAAACGAAACAGGUGCUAGUACAAAAUCAAAUGUAAUGCCGCCUCCACAAAAGCCAACGGCCAACAAUCUAUUGAUUUCGGCAAAAAUCAAAGAUAUUACUGCAUAUUUUAUAAACCAUCACAAAGCUUGUUUAUUGUUAAGCUUUUCGGAAAUUGCCUUAGCCCGAACACAUCAAAUAACCCACCUAAAACUGGAAGAAUUUCAAAUGGCAAUAAUGCGUUCCAUGACAGCAUCUUCAUUGUGUCUAACAGAUUUUACAGAUAUAUUUGCCAAUUGUAAGUUAAUACGUUUGGAAUACGAGACUCCGGAACUGAAGAGACCCAAGUUGUCGGUAUAUAUACCGGGAAGUACUGAAGCUAUUUGGAAUUCAAAUUUACACAUGCAUAUACUCACCUUGGCUAGAGAUAUGCAGGAUUUAAAAGCUUCGCUAGCCCUACCUUCCAAAGCCAAAUCAACAACAACAACCACACCAUCAUCUGAACCAUCACCAAUGGAAAAUAAUUCAAAGAAAUUAAUAAUUGAAUUAUCAGCAGAGCGAAGUACAAUUUUCGAAAUUAAAUUAUCCGAACGUCAUUCUAUGCAAUGGUUUGUGGAGAACCUCUUCUUUAGUCGCAAAGAAGGCAAUUUUAUAUCAGCCGAAAAUAUCUUUAUAAAAAUUGACGAUGAACACAUAUUCACGUUGAAAGAUGUCGAUAUACAUUCAUUGGCAAAAUUGGAUAUGUUGACACAAGAACGUGUAAACUGUGAAGGUUUUGUUUUGCCAACAAACAAAGUUUGGGUCACAACAAUUGGAAGUUUUAAAGCAAUAUUCCCCUAUGACCAUGACUUUUAUGAUGCCGUAAAUAAUCAAUUCAUUUCCCACUUUAAAUGGUUGAAACUUGUUCAUAAUUAUGUUAAGAAACCAUUUACGGCUAGCUCGCCUCUUCCAAGCGACAUGGUUAUACAGAUUAAAGAAUUCCUUUUGGAAAUUAGUGAUGAUCCAUUUGAAGUUAAACUUCGCGAUAAUUAUGUUCUAUUAGUAGAUGAAUACCUUGAAGGCCUUAAACGUAAAACAUUAUUUGAUAAGAAAAUUGCUGAGAUUUGUUCGAAAACACUUCUAGUGCCGGCUGGAACAAUAGAAAGUCUCCAUGCCACAUUGGUAAAGAAAAAUUCGGAAAUUUAUAUUCAACGUUCGAAGAAAAUACGAGAAAGUGGACCGGUACGAACACGCCUGUUGGCGUGGAUUAUGAACGAUGUCGAGAUUAUGGCAAUGGCCGAUCCAUCAAUACAUGGCACCGACAAUGUAACGCGAAUUAUGCGAGAAAUCGAUUCGGAGAGUCCUUGGCCUGAAGAAGGUCUGGAAUUUACAACACUUUGGUGUCGCAAUGUACAUGUCAGUUGUUCCGAAUGGAAGUUUAUGCUAAGAGAUUUCCCACAGCCUAUGUUUUAUGUGAAAACAAUGAGUCUGUUUGGCACACUGUGUGGCGCCGAACAAGCCGCUUCGAAACGCGCCAAGCGUGAUGUGUAUAUCGACGUUGGUGAACCCUUCGGCACGGAUGUUGUGCAACGUAGCAUGACUGCCUUAAAGUUCUAUCAUGACUUUAAUUGUGAUUUGGAAUUUUGUAGUUAUGCAUUUGGUCCAUGCUGGGAGCCUGUAAUGGCUCAGUGUAACCUUAGCUUUGAAAAAAUAUCUGCACCUUCCAAAGAUCCAAGUCCGCCUUUACCAUUUUGGGAUAAAAUGCGCCUACUCUUCCACGGACGUUUAACAAUGAUUGUUAAACAAUUUACUGUCUUAUUGCAUGCCUCUUUGGAUCCCUACAAUACUACAGAGGAAAUGGAGUUAACAUGGAACAAUGCUGGUAUUUUAUGGACAAAUGCCAAGAUAAUGUUUCGUGGCGAAUUAAAUGUAACUGUGAGAACUGCUUCGCGGUAUGAUGAUUGCCGUCUGUUACAUUUCCCGCACUUAAAGUUGACUUUCAAAUUGAAUUGGAUUUGUUUGGCGAAUCCCAAUGAUCAUCAUGCUGUAAUGCCUUGUGCUCCAGAUAAAUUGCCUGAAUACUCCAGUAAUCAAGUACACGACUCAUUUCGAGCGUUCCGUUCUAUAAGUUUGAAUAUAUGGAUAUCGUUUGAAACGAAAUCAAAACCUGGCGUAGAUGUGAAAUAUGAUAUACCUAGCUUGGUAUUGUAUGGCAGUACACUGAGAUGGUUUGAAAGUUUGAAACUUAUACUUUCGGGUGUAACACGACCCACACGCCGGGGACCGGUCUUUGAUAAUGUAAGGCCACGUAAAAAACAACUUAGUCGCCAUUACAAGAAGGCCAAUUUACAAAUGAGCUUGCAUCGUUUUCAAGUGCUCUAUUGGAUGUCUCAUGCCCGUCAUAAAGGUUUUCAAUUGAAUGGUGGUCGUGUUUCCUUUAGUUCGGAAUAUCUUUUGUCGCUCUCACCCAUCGAUGAUGGUUUGAUACAUCGUCCACGUGCCGAUUGGUCUACCGUUUAUAUGAAUUGCGAAUUGAAUGAUGCCGAGAUAUGGUUGAAGAGUAUUGAGCAAGAGAAAUUCGAUAGCUCCUCCGAGAAUAUAACCAAUGCAGAUAAUUGUAAAAUAGUGCAUUUUUAUUUCCUGAGUGUGGGACGUGUUUCGUAUGGUCGUGAAGCUCUAAUACAAUCGAACAAUGACGAAGAGUCAACAAAAACAAAAUCGACCACACCAACACAUAAACUGGUGGUGUAUGACCUAAAAGGGGCAUGGACAAAAAAUAAUCGUGAUAUUGCCUUUGCAUUAUUUGAUUCAUUUAUGAAAUCACAGAAAUUGAAAAAUAAUCUAUCAACGGAAGCGGUUAAAAGCUAUCGAAAAGAAGGAAAUUCGACACUAAUGCAUAAUAAACGUAGCGAUAGUACAUUGCCCAGUACAACAGCAGAAGUGCUACCAAUUACAACAACAAACACCACCAUUAACAAACCACAACCAGCCAGUCAUGCUACAGCAAUGUUGCAACAACUUAUUGCCGAAGCUGAUCAUAAAUUUAAUGUCUACAGCGACGAUCAGACAACACAAUCUCGUGAACUACAACUACAAGGUUUGCAAGCAUGUUCAGCACACGAUGUUAUUCACGAGAACUGGUCCAUAUCCUUGGUGAAUUCACAAGUUUUACUGAAAGGUUCGGAAACUUCCGGUUAUGUGAUUAUAAGUGCUGCCAAAGCGGAAAUACUACAACGUGUUCACCGUCCCGUUUGGCGUGAUCGUUCCUUGGUAUCCAAGACCACAUGGAAAGGUUUGCUGGAAUGCAUGCAGUACUAUGCCACGGUCAGUGCCGGGGAACAUGAUUCACUCUUGGAAACGAAUAUUAUGUGGCUAACUGUGGAUAACAUUCAAGAUAAGGAUGAUGCUGUUAUAAACGAUUUGCCCGACAUUCCACAUUUGGUUGGUAGUGGUCGUAGUGUUGGUGGUGUGGUUAGCGAAACAGUCGGCGCUGCAUCAAAUGAAAAUUCCGGCGGAAAUCAGCCCAUACAAUUGCAGCGUAUUGUCUCCAGAUGUAAAUGUGAAUUUUUCUACGUAAGUUAUGGUGAUACGGUAGAUCCAAAUACCAUAACCGAUAUGCCUCCACCACCAUCCGAGGAGACAUUAUCGCCCUGGGAGAGACAAGAUGAUCCGAUGGAUGCCUUCACCCUGAUGCAUCAUGAUUUGGAUGUAUGCACCAAUUCACUGCAAUAUGCCAUGAUUUUGGAUAUUGUCAACAAUCUCUUACUGUAUGUGGAACCGCAACGUAAACAAGCCCUCGAAAAGUUGGCCCGAAUGCGUUUCCAAUUGCAGUUGCAUUCCACAGAAGAUCAAAAGCGACCAAUACAGCAGAAGCAAACCCUGAUACGAAGCCUUUUGAUGAAGAUACGUUCAUUGGAGAAAGACAUUCAUUUUAUCAGCCAGAGGGCUGAUGAAAGUGAUACCAGUGAAUGGAAAUUGGAAUAUGAACGCGUGCAAAGACUUAUCCGUGACAGCAAAGAGGAAUUGAAUACCCUAAGUGAAGAAUUGGAUAGCAUGCUGUUGUGCUACAAAGAAACCCAACUUUCCCAACUGAGUAAAAUCUCCAAUGUACGAUCCGACAAGACUGUGAAUAUUGUCAGAGCCAAUGAAAUAUGCUUUAAACGGGCCCAGUGGCGUCUAACCGAAACGGAUGGUCAAAUUGGUAUUGCUGACCUGGUGCUAAGUGGUUUCUUAUAUACGAAGAAAUCGAAAAGCGAUGAUUCUGUAGAACAUCUCUUGGAAUUGGGCAAUAUACGCAUGAACAAUUUGAUACCACGAGAGAUUUAUCGAGAAGUUUUAGUGCCCACCGAAAUACAAAAGGAUAUGCCGGUUGACACCCACAAACGUGUAUUGCGGGUAUUUUGUCGUGAAAAGCCACCUGUUGGUGGCAUAUCUGUUAAGGAGCAUUUUGAAAUUAACGUUGCCCCCAUAACCAUAGCAAUUACAAAGAAAUUCUAUUCUACCAUGUUGAAAUUUUGCUUCCCCGACAGAGAUGCUUCGGAAACGGAUGCCGUAGAUGAUUUGGAAGAACAUUCAUCCGGUUCCUCGUCGUCAUCAAAUGUCCAGGCGAAAUCUUCCAAAAAGCAAGGCAAAUCAAAGAAGUCAUCGAAAGAUUCCGAGUUUUAUGUCAAAAUCGAAAAGGAUGAUGUGGAAAAGAUGAAAGAACGGGCGGAGAAAAACAAACUAUUUAUCUAUAUUAAAAUUCCUGAGGUACCGGUGCGCGUUAGUUACAAAGGCAAUAAGGAGAAAAAUCUGGAAGAUAUUACCGAUUUCUCGUUGGUUAUACCCACGCUGGAAUAUCAUAAUGUGACAUGGACAUGGUUGGAUUUGUUAAUGGCCAUGAAAUCGGUUAGCCGUAAAGUUAUUGUCUCGCAGGCGAUUAAGCAAAAACUGCAAAUAAGCCGAAGAACGCCGACGACAAAUCAAAGUGAAUUUUCAUCACCACCCGAAGAAGAUAAAGCUGUCAUUUUAUUUGGAAAUCGUUUAGCGGGUGAAAAUCGCAGCCAACGCAAGGGCGUUUUCAAGUUCCCUUCAAGCAAUAAAUGA